AUGAACUUCGACCUGGACGAUCCGCUGGACGGCCUCCUAAGCGAUGGCAGCAACGACAGCCUGUUCGGGAACGAACCCGCCAAGAAACCGGCGAAAUCGGCUCCCACAGCCAAACCGGAAACGAAGCACUCAAAAAUGGAGGAUCUCUUUGGCAUCAAGUCGGACGCCCCUACGGCAAAGCCUGCUACGGCGACGAUUGAAAAGGAGACGCAUCCUUCGCUGGAGAUGGCGUCGCGACCGGCGACUUCCGGUCAACCGUCGAGUCUGGGCAGCUUCCAGGCGAGGAAGACGAGCACGCCGGUGAAGAAGGUGGAACCGGAGAAGAAGAAGGAAAUUACGUUCGAUGAUAGUGAUGUGCUGUCGGAUUUGGGGUUCGAUCCGAAGAAACCGAAAUCGAAGUCGAACAUUUUGGACGAUAUACUUGCGGGACCGAUAAUUACGUCGAGCAAGGAGAUUACUUCUAAGCAGAACAAGGGGGGCAAGCAAACGCUGGGGAUCGGGAAGGAGGAACCUGCUGGGAGUAAAACGGUGUCCCGGCAGUCAACGGAGACUUCGGAGAAUCUGGCCACUGAGAGUACUAUAAUGGGAGGUUACGCACCGAGUGGGAAUCCGGCUGGUCCGAGACGGAGUGGCAGAAGGAAGUCAUCUACGGCUAUGCACGAUCCUUUGGGACUGUUUGGGAAUCAGUUUGAUCAGAGGAGAGAUUCAAAGGCGGUGAAGAAAGGUUCCGAUUGGUUGGGUUUGAAUGACGAUAGUAGUGGAAAUGAUCCACCACCUGUUUUGGUGCCUCGUGUUGAACCGGAAGUCGUAAAGACAGUGGAAGCCCCUAAGCCUUUGACUCCGGUUAUGGAGCAACCCAUCAUAGUUCCUGCUCAACCACCUCCAAUGCCAACUCCACAACCAACUUCGAUUCCCUUCCAAACCAUCAUCAAACCGGACAUUGCCACUAGUGCCCAAACCAUGGAACUCCUCAACAACGAAACUCAAGGAGCGCUGAACACGCUGCAACAGCAAGAAUUCCAACUCAUGGUUGCAAGUCAGAUGAAGAACCAGGAACAAGCCCUACUCGAGAUGCAGCACAAGCAGCAGUCGAUUCUACAACGUCAGGAGGCUCAAUUCAACGAACUGCUUCAGAAACAAAUCCAGCGCCACAACCAGCUGGAACAGGUCAUUUCGCGCCAACAGGAUCGCAUCAACAGCAACAUCCAGAUGAUGAUGACCCAACCGGUAACGAUCCCACCGUUACUGCAACAAGAAUCGAAUAAUCUCAUCAACGCCAAAGAAACAAGAGUCGAAGCCGUUGAAGAUCCGUUGAACACAAUCGAACUCCAGUCGGAUGUCAAGCGACUGGAACUGGAGAAGCUUCGCCUCGAAGAUCUUGUCUCGAACGUCACUGCCAACCACGAACAGGAAAUCACUCUUCUCGAGCAGAGCUACAAAAAGCAGAUGGCAUUCCUGGAGGAUAGUCUGAAAAUCAUGGAGGCUCGACUAAAGCAAGAGAACAAAAACCUGGAAGACUUCUACAAGACGAAACUUGAAGGUUUAGAAGAUGAGAAGCAGCAGCUGAUCAGCGAUCAUGCAAAACAGAUCAAAGAAAUGGAAGACGGACAUCGUGCAGCGAUCGAAAAGCUGAAAGCAAGUCACGAAGAAAGCUUGCAAGGUCUGAAGCAAGAACAUCGCGAAAUGAUCAACAACAUUCGCGAAUCGAAACUGUUGGAGUUUUCCGUGCUGCAAGACAACCAGUCGUACAUGACGAUGUUGAAAAGCGCGUCAAACUACUUGGAAAAUGCUUCCGGAGAUUUGCAGCAGCUGAGGGAUACGCUGCAAGAGCAGAUUGAGUUCACCCAAAAGGAGAAGGAACAGCAGCUGAAGCGUAAGGAGAAGGAGCUCGAAGAUCAGCAACGGCUGCUGGAGAGAAGCAAAGAGUCGACGGAGCAGGAAAAGUUGCGGUUGUUGAAUUUGGUGGAGACACUGGAGGGGAAGCUGACGGAGCUGACCAGGACAUCCUCCGAGGACCACUGGACGUACCAGCAGAAGCUCGUCAAGCUGGAAUCCGAGAAGCAAUCGUUCGAAAAGGAAAAGGAGUACAACCGCGAGCGGGCAGCUCGCGAAGAAAAACGCAUCGAAGAACUCAAGCAACUUCAGCUGGAGGAGCACACCAAGCUGAUGCAAAAGGUACACGACGAACGGCAAGCCAUCCUGGAGGAGAAAGCCAAGCUGGAGACGCUGGCCAAAAUUCAAAAGAAAGAUCAGACGGAACUGUCCCGAGCGGAAAUCAACGCCUCCAUCAAAGUGGCGGAAGAUGCGUCCCGGCAAGCAGAACUCGAGCGGGAACGCUUGCUACAGCUGCAGCGACAGUUUGAAGCCAAAAAGCGCGAGCUGUUCGAUCAGGAGAGCCAAGUUCGAGCGAAAGCUAGCGAGCUGGAGACGGCGAUCGGGACCGCCAAGCUGAAGGAACACAACGCGGAAAACGCCUUCAAGAGCAUCAAGCGGGCCGAGCAGAACCUGCAGCUCAAGAUGCAACUCGUCCAGCGCCAGUUCCGCGAGGUUUCCGACCGGGAAGAUCGACUGUCCAAGGACAAAAUCGAACUCAGCAAAGAACGGCUAGAGUUGCAAUCGCUGAGGAAGCGCCUCCAGACGACGCGGUGCAGCUUGUGCAAGAUCAGCGAGCGAUCUCAGGAAAUUGGAGACUAUCUGACCGCGGCGCACAACAACUCGGAAUCGGUGGCGGAUGAUCGCAAGUUGGAGGCGAACUAUUUUGAGAUGCAGCAAAGUAGCAGAGAUAUUGGAAAGUUGGAUAACUUUUUCGAUGGGGACGUGGAGCGGCAGUUGCAGAGCUUUCUGGACCGGAAUCGAGUGGAGGGUGGUGGUGGAUUAGGUGAGGCGGGAACGUCCUACAACAUGGUGCCAAAUAUUGCGGAGAACGAGGAUGGGACCAUCGAUACGGAUUUGCUGCUGCUCAAGUUUGAUGUGCUCAAGUCGCAGGAUUUUUUCGGAGGGAAGGAGGAGUGACGGGUUGAUU